AUGAGCUGCGACCCCUUCGCGGUGGCACUCAAGACGGCGGUCAACACGCGUGCACCGCUGAGCGAGCGGCUGCCGCAGCCGAAGCGCACCGACACUAUUGUGCCGGCCACCUCCGCCCUGCACCGCAGCAUCUGCACGACAUACGACGCGGCAUACGGCUCCGUCCCCGCAUGCACAGACCCGUCGGAUGGCAACUACUAUCUCACCUUGCUGCGCUCGCAGCGGUUGGCGGCAACAGGGGCAGGCGCCACAGCGGCCGAAGCACCAGAGGGAGCAGCAGUACCAACGGCUGGUGAUUCCGUUGUAGGCGGUACCCAACGCCAGCUGCAACAAGAACAGCACCAGUUCCACCUGAAGCGGUCGAAGCUCAUGGAGGCGGUUUCCACGCGGCACCUGCCACACGACUGGGUGACGGAGCAGCAGGCGAGCAGCUGUGAGGUGCGGCCGGUGGCGCAGUGUGACUUCCACAGCACCGCGCGCAAGAUCGAACGCGAGGACGACGACCGGCGUGGCGGCCUCGUCGGCAACACGCAGCGCACCGUCGACAUCAUGCGGAAGCGCGCGCACAACCCACAGCUGUGCC